AUUUACUAAUAAUUUAAAUCGAAUUUAUAAAGAAAUUGAAUUAAAAUGCAGGAGGAAAAAUCACUUCAGAAUUAUUUCACAGCUUUGUCAUACACAGAAAAGGAAUUCGUUCAUUCAUUGAUGCAGUCUAUAAAGCGGGGAGAGAGUAUAGAGAAACAUAUAGACAAGACUGUAAAUUUAAUCGUUAAAUAUCCAUAUCCGACGUUACAUAUUAUUGAAAUUUUACAUACCAGAUCAAAGUUGUUUUUUACAAUAUCCGUGACGAACGCUUUAAAAAUAUUAUUAAAUAAAGACAUUAAUUCCACUGAAUUUAUAAGUUUUCUUGUAAAUUUUCCUUUUGACAUCUUAAACGUAGACUUUUUACAUUCAAAAUUAAUAUCUAAGCUGGCAGUACAGCCCGUAAAUGAUAAAGUUUAUUUAUCUUUAAUUUGUCGGAGAGAGCCAAAUUUACUUUUGAGUUUUCUCGAUUAUUUUAAGAAAAAUGUCUGGGAAAUUUGUAGUUUUGGUCUACCUACUAAAGAGCUUAUACUUCAACAAGCACUUUACGAUAAACAUUUUAUCCCUUUACUAUACACAAACGCAGUAGAUUUAAGCUGUAUCUCAGACAUUGCUACCAAAAAUAAUUUGCUUAUAAUUAAGAUAGCGAAUGAGUUUGCAGAUUCCAGUCGGCCUUUAACAGAAAUCGGAAAUAUCUCAAAAUGGAUGGAAGUAUUUAAUUCUGCAGAGACUACACAGGAUAUUUUAGAAGUUCAUACCUUUUUCUAUAUGGAUUUUAGACGCAUUUGUACAAUCUUGGCAUUUUUAGUCAAAUAUCAGGAUCAAAUUGGAAACAUGAAGGUGGAGGCACUUCAUAAUAACUCAACUAUGUUAGAACUAAUAUUUAAACAUAAAAUUAAUGCUGGUUUUGAAGCAACAUACGCUUUAAUUGAAACAGUAUAUAAAUGGCAACCGGAAAUAUAUUCAACAAAAAAUUUUAAAGAUUCAGAAUUAGAGGCACUAACAUACUAUUCUGCACUUUUUGCAGUAUUUGACAUAAUUACUGAUACCACACAUGCGGGUGAUUAUUCAAGCCAAAUACAGGAUUUAAGUAACAUUAUGCGCCUCAUGCAUAAUAUAAAUACACUUUGUGCGCUGAUUGAAAAUAUUUUUCAAUUAAUGUUUUUACGCUGGGAUCACUUGCGCGCUGCUGACUACAAUGCAAUGGAUGCUCAACGAAAUUACAGUAAGCCGCAGGGAUCAAGUAGCUUGGAUAGUUCAGAUAGCAUUUCUGCAAAAUAUUCAACACAACAAUUAGCUAUUUCCUCAGUUAGUGGGAAUAGAAAUGGUUUUAUUUGUAGUGGACGUGCGUUACAAACAAUUUUUACAUACCUCAAGAACUUUGUUACAAAAAAGUUGCAUUCAAUUGCAUACAAAAACUCAUCUGAAUGCAUACAAAUACGUUUCCAACGCAUAGUUGAUAUUAUUGGGGACACUUUAUGGAAAUAUUCAGUAUUAAAAAAAAUUGAUGAUUCGUUGCUGCGUUCUGGUGCACACAAAAAAUGUUUAAUGGAUUCUGAAGAAUUAAUAGAAUUAGUGAAAACGCAUGUCGAUUGUAAAGAAAAAUCUUCAAGCGAUGAUGAAAGUCGAGAACGUCUGAACUAUAGAAGCUUAACACGCCGAAAAGCAGCAAAGAAACGAAGAAGAGCAACUGUAAGUGGUGCUUUAAUUACGAAUAUUGGAAAUAAUAUUCAAUCAAUUGAAACAAAUCGAGUUCAAGCCAAUAUAAUGGUUGCUAGUGUAGGCGCCAAUUCUAAUAUAACUAAUGUAAUCACUGAAUUAAAAAGCCAGGACUUGGCGGCUUAUUUUAUUGAUCGUAGCAUAAUACCAAAAAUGUUGGUGUCAGCAGAAACUGUCGCCGUAAUGGCGUUAUCGCUUAAUAAUUUCGAUGAUGCUAAAUACAUAGUAAAGACAUUUAAUCUGGAGAACAGCGAAUUGAAUCAUGAACUAUCUUUUGUUGAGCAACAUCAGCUGGUCAAACAGAAGCUAACAACUAUUUUUGCCAACUAUAAGCAACAGAAUGAUAACAGUAAUAAUAAAGCGACAGUGGAUCAAAUAAGAAAUGUUGCAGCCAUAGGUUUUGAAAUUUCAAAAAUUAUAAAUGUUGUUGAACAUUUUUCAUUCAUUCAUAAACUUAAACAAACACCAAAACUGACACAGUUGCUUUCGAAGUACAGUAGUAAUCCGCAAUAUGCAUUUCUGGAACAAUUUGAAGAACGCAAUUUAAAUGCAUUAGUUAUUACAGAUUUAAUUUUGAAUUUGCCUUUUAAUCGCGAAAUCACUUCCAGUAUAUUAAUGUUAAUAAGGAGACAACAACAAAUGACUGAGAGUAAGACUUCCAGUUGCAAAGACGAUGCGCCUGUUCGAUCGAAGUGGAUUAAAAAUAUUGGUGCGGCGCAACUUCUUCAGAAUUUAUGUGAUUGUAUACGGUUAACGCAAAAUGAUUACACUUCAUUAAAAGAUAUAUUAAGUAAUAAUUACUAUUCUCUUAAGCCACGUAAAUUUGAAACCGAACUUCAACGUGAAUCUACGUUUAAUAUUUUGUUUAAUAAACCUUCAUCUGAUCUGGGGAGUUUCGAUAAUUUGGAAUUUUGUAAUUUUGAUUUUCAAAAGUUACAAAAAAGUAUUAAUUAUUAUGUCCGGUUUAUCGCUUAUGUAAUGCAGUUAAGAAAAUUGUUGCAAUUACGUGAUAGCAAUUUGGAAUAUCACUUGAAUGAACUUUUAAAAACAGAUCCUUAUGAAGUAAUUGGAGAUCUAAUAUUUGAAUGCAAUAUGACACCAAUGGAAAUUGAAGCUAAUGUAGUUGCGUUAAAUAUGAAUAUGAUCCAUGUUAUUGCCUUGAAUAUUUGUCCAGAAAUUGUGGACAAACGCAUCAACAAUCGUCGUUUAGUUGCGCUUAAAAAACAAACAACAAUUCUUAAUUAUGUAUCAAAUCAAAAUAAACUUUUGGCGUAUCUUCUGCAAGGAGUGAUUAUUAACGGAGAUUUUUCGUUAGAUGAACAUCAGAAAAUCAAUUCGAAAUUCUUGAUACGCUUCUUAAAAUUGCAAGAAGUAGAGAAGUUAAAUAAUUUUUAUGAGGGGAAUAAAUUUGUUGCAGCGUUUAAAACUGAUUUUUUUUCUGAAAAAAUUUCUGUUGAUUCAUGUGACAAUAUUGAGAAAGUAAAGUUAUUGAUGAUUGAAAUUGGAAAUCUGAAGUCAAAAGAAAAAAGAUCUGAGGGCAUGGAUGAUCUCAUAAGUGAGUUAAUAGCUCACAAUCCAAAACAUAUUAACUUAGGAUUACAUAUGAGGGAUAUUUGGUUACGUGCAGAAUUAAUAAAAGAUCAUUUUACACAUAUUGAGACCACUCGCCUGGCAAAGGAAUUGAUUGAAAGUACAUUACACCAUAGGAGUGUUACACAUAUACCAUUAACCUUAAGAAAUCAACUGAAAGAUACACUAGCUGAUAUUAAAAUCUAUGCUAAAGUUUCAGAAGUGUUGCAAUUUGAAUUAUGGCCAGAAGCGUAUAAUUUUGGCCUAAAAACUCCGAAUGCCAUAUUUGAGAAGUUAUUAAAGUUGCAUUUGUACAAGCUCUGCUACAAGUGGAGCAAAGUCGUAAAUAUAUCUAAUCGUUUCAAACAGCAAAAAUCAGUUUUUUUAUCAGUUUUAUCGAGUAUCUUACUUGAACUGAAAGAUGAUGAGCAGUCAGAAAACAUAGAAGUUAACAAAUACUUACUUCAGAUAUUAGAGCUAUUUCCAAAUGAAACCUGUAUUGAAUUUUUAAAUAAUAACAAAGAUAAAAUGCGUUCUUUAUUCUUAGUUAAAUACGCUAUUGAAUUUUUGGUAAAAAAUAACAAAAAUGAAAUUCAAAAAUUAAAAAAUUAUACAAUUUCAAUUAUUAUAUUUGAACAACUGAAACCAAGAGAACGUGAUUCGUUUUGGCAUUUAUUAAGAUUUCCACUUUUGAUAAUUGAACAGUUAAUCAUGAAUGCAAAGUUUGAGACAUUAACAAAAAUACUUGGUUUUGUGCGUCCAACUUUGCAGGAAUAUAAUACCAAAGUUUAUAAACAUAGUGAUGUUUGCAUCUACUGCUUCGACAAACGUGGCCAUGUCUAUGAUAUACAUACCAAAAACACUAAUUCGCCUCGGAACGUACAUUUUCAAAUUGGAUCGAAUAAUGCGAAUUCCGUAAACUCUGCAUUUAUGUUACUUAAUUUUAAUUUGUACCAAUAUGAUCAUUAUAUAACGAACGAAUGCAUUGAUCUGCUACUGCGCAUAUAUGCUACAAAAGCUUUAGAUUAUUACAUAUCGGAGAGAAAUUCAGCUUCAGAAGGUAACUCUCAAUCAACGGAUUUUCACCAAUCUCUUGAUUCUCUGUGUGGUGCUUUUCAAUUACCAAAACAUGCACCAACACGAAGUGAAUGGGUGAAAGAUGAAGAUACCACACAUUGUAUGUGUUGUAAGCGUGCAGCAUUUACGAUGUUAAUGAGGCGUCAUCAUUGUCGUCGAUGUGGAAGAGUGGUUUGCUUCGCAUGCUCUACACAUCGUUUGCGAAUACCUGAACUGUAUGAUGAAGUAGAGGUACGCAUUUGUGAUGAUUGUCAGCGUAUUAUUACUGAAACUCAAAGUAAAACAUCAAGGGAUUCUGAUCUUAUUACUACAGAUACAAUAUCUCGAUUUGAUUUGCUACAAAAACGUCAUGCAGAUUUAUUUAAAUGGAAGUUAAGUGGUAACAUUACACACGAUAAGCUUUUGCGGGAAGAAUUCUGCUACGACCAUGCACCAAGUGUUGCUCUGUGCCUUUCUAUAUUGAGUCAUCAUUUAGGGCAGCAAAAAUGUGUUGAUUUAUUAUUAUAUCACUGUCGAAAAAUGGAGAAACUGAUAGUACCAAAUCCAGAAAUCGAUUAUGAAUUAGUAGCAAAAAUGAUGAACUGUUUAGCUUUAGCAGCAAAGGUUAGAGGCGGACCCGAUGAAGUGGAAACUAUUCGUGAACAUUCCAAUAUUAUAAUGUCAAUAGUGCAAAAUGGUUGUGAAUCACUUAUAUCGACUGGUCCAUUCAACAAUAAUAGUUUAUGUAGAUUAGCUGAUUCGUUAGUGCAAGUAGAGAAUUGGGAGUUAGCACUUGAGUUACAUUUAAAAUAUGGAUUUUCAACUGCGGGAGUUAUGGCUGCACAUGGUUUAGCUUGCUUAAAAACAGGAUGCUUUGAUGUUGCUCGUGAAAAAUUUUCUUACUGUAUGCCAAAAUUAGCAAAUCAAUCUGCUAUUUCAAAAAUCUAUAAAUAUAUAAAAAAUCGUAAGCUGUCUAAUGAUACUGAAAAUACACAUCUGUCAGAUACGAUAGACGUUAAUAAGGAAUUAAAUAUACCAGUUAUUAAAAGACCACAACGUGGUCCAGCUCUUUUACUGGAAGUAUUAAACUUAAUCGAAUCUUUACCACCAAUAAAACCACAACCCGAAACUCUUCAUCGUGCAUCCAUUAUACGCGAUUCGAGUAUAUCACUUAGUUCUUUAUUUUCACGUCACAAAGAGCAUUAUGUCAAACGAAUUCAAGAACCAGCAUUAAAUAUUUUAACCACAUUAGGUAAUUUAAAAAUGAUCUCAAAAGCGGUCUACGGUGAAGAUGUUUCCAAGAAUUCUACAAAGUAUUUUGAUGAGUCCAUGCAUUAUGUACUUACUUACGGUUCUCACACAGAUAUUUUGCAGUUUUUGAUGCGACAUGAAAAAGUUAAUGAAGCACUAAGGUAUUUUCUGAUUCAGAAUCUCGACGCCGAUCUUUUUAUACAAAAUAUAUACCUAUUAUCCCUUCGUUGUGGACGAGUGCCACAAUUAAUAACAAACAUGCAAGAGUUAGAUGGGCGAGUAAAUAUAUGGCGAAAUGCGCUACUACAAACCUGUCGAUAUCUUGAAAGCCAAAAUUUAUUAAAUUCAUUAUAUCAACUCCAAAUAUUACUCAACGAUCCAGUACGUGCUAGCGUUACCUGCGUCAAAUUUUAUACUUCAAACUGCCAUAAAUUCCAACAACUGCAUGAAAAUGUGCAACAUCUUCAAAAUGCUCAUGCUCACUUACAAGCAGAAUUGGAAAACUGUCAGUGGAAUGCGAUAAAUUUAAAUAAUUCGGAAAGAAGAAAAAACUCUACGGAUAGUCAACGUUCUAAUGCUUCUUUACUGGGCACUAAUAUUCAAAUGCAGAUGGAUGGUCGUUCAUUGAACAGUCAUAUCAAUACAAUUCUCAAACAAAUGGAAGUGGCCAAAUUUUUAGCUAAUUGCGAAAAAGAAUAUGAUAGUAUGGGCGCUGAACCUCUAACUAUAAAGAUCCUAAAACAGAUUCGAAUAGAUUCAAUGUUACCUACACUUUUCGAUAAUUCACAGAAAAAAAUACAAAUUUGUAUUUUAAUUUUAUUGUGUGGAAAGAACAUAGAAGAAGGAUUUGGUUUGGUAUACAGAAUUAUUCAGGAUUACAAAUUGCCUAUGACAAAAGUGUUUGCCGCUACUGCAAAAUACCUGGCUCGAAAUCAACGCAUUUCAGAGGUAGAAAAAUUAUUAAGUUGCGCGGGAAGUAACAAUGGAGGAGUAAGUACUCGAGAUGUUGACGAAAUAUUGUCCAUAGCUAUAAAUUCUACUAUUCAUAGCAAUGAACCGGAAGUAAAAGCAGUACUUGAUAAUUUAGUUAAAAAAAUCAAUAAUGUAGAUUUACGAAUUUCUUCUUUUAUGUUUAUUGGUCAGCUUAAAUCUGCUUACCUAUUAGCCAAUAAAUAUGAGCGCCUAUCUGAUAUUCGCAAGAUAUUACGUCAAGCUGACAUAACAAAUCAGAUUCAUAUUAAAAGAUUAUGUGAAAAAAAGUUAAGUAUGAGUACAGCACAGUCAUUAGACCAGUUGUGAUAACUAAUUAAACCAAAUUUUUAAGAAAAAUAUGUA